UUUUUUGUCGUCGUUGUAUACAUGCCACCAGACACAUUCCCUCCUGCAGUUAGUCACGGAGCAACCCAGCGCGUAGAGUACAUCUUCUCAAGCUGCGUCGUUAUCAUCGAUGCCCCGCUACCCAGCACGCCGUUCGAGCAGUUUUCCGAACCCACCAGACGACAACGGGCUGUUCGCGACCCUUCGAAACCACAUUGCGAGUUCAGUGAACGACGUGGACGAUCAGUUCCGCUCCCAUCUGAACGCUGGCGCUCGUGAAUCGUCCGAAGCCGGAUCGACUACCACGCCCGCCAUCUCGAGAGCGGGAAGCCUGGCAGACGCGUCGGUCAGCCCCCGUCGGCUCUCCGUUCGCAAGGAAUCGUCCGCAGGCAGCGUCCGCUCGUCGGGUCGUGACACCCCUUCGCGUCUAGCCGCUGACGGCGAUACCGGUGAAGGAGGUGGCGGCUUCGGGUUUGGAGCGACCGUGGCGCAUAUCUCAUCAGCUUUCCGAAGCUACCUCGCUGACAUGACUACGGAACCACCAUUGGAGCCGACUUUUGGCGCAGGCAGCGAAGAACGCCUGCCGACGCCUCCAGUGAGGAAAGAAUCGCUGGGUCGCUUCUCGGUAGCACCCGUCGCUCUGGAGUCGACAGGCCCAUUCGAAGAGUCUGCAAAGUCGGCCUGUAGUAAUGGCAUCUCGAUGUCCGCGAUUCGGGAAGAUCUCCCUGGCUUCGACUUUUGUCGCCGUUCUUGGGACGCCGUUCCCGACCCGAACACUCUGGGGUGCCCUAGAGGCGAUUCCGUCCGACCUGAGAACACCGAGAGCCAUUCCGUUGCACCGGGCCACUUGCCGGCGACCGUGGCCAAGAAGUCACGCCGCUCUUCGUCGCUCGUCCAGCUCAAGCGCUUCGCAAAGUUUCGCCUCUCACUGAGGAACGGUGACUCUGCGCAGUGCGACGAACGGCCUAUCAUCCAGGAUGGCGGCAUGUCAAGCUAUGAGAGGAACCUGUACCUAUACCACGAGGAAAUGCCCGACCGUCCAAGGGUGGCUACAUUGCUCAGCAGCCUGGCCAACUACGAAGUGGCGAUCCCGUCUGUCGCGGGAGAAGAGGCCCAGGCUGCUCCCAAGAAAGCCAAUCUUGGGACGUUGGCGGGUGUUUACUUCCCCUGUAUCCAAAACAUAUUCGGUGUCAUCUUCUUCAUCCGUCUAGUCUGGAUUGUCGGCACAGCCGGCGUCCCUGUCGCCUUCCUCACCGUCUUUAUGUGCUGUUGCGUGACGUUUACAACAUGCAUUUCCUUGAGUGCUAUUGCAACCAAUGGAAUUGUGCCUGCGGGUGGUUCCUACUUUAUGAUCUCACGAUCCCUGGGUCCAGAGUUUGGAGGCGCAGUGGGAAUUCUCUUCUACCUUGCCACCACUGUGGCAGCAGCCAUGUACAUUACUGGCGCUGUUGAAAUAUUUCUGAAUUAUCUGGUGCCUGAAAUGUCAUUGUAUGGAGACUUUCGGGAGGAUCCAGAGGUUAUGUACCACAACUUCCGCACCUACGGCACCAUCCUGCUGGUGAUGAUGACAUUUGUCGUGUUCAUUGGCGUUGCCUUUGUCUCCAAGCUUGCACCGAUCGCCCUCUUCUGUGUCUUAGUCUCCAUCACUUCUGUAUAUGUGGGAGCCUUCGUCAACUAUGCCGGAAAGCCAGGUGUUGAGAUCUGUGUUCUUGGAGAUCGCAUUUUGAGUGGUGGAGAUUACAACUGCACCAAGGAUCGUAACGUUUCCAACUCUCUGUGGCACAUUUUCUGCAAAGAGAAUGAAAACAAAACAUCACAGGACGAUGACCACAUUUGUUACCCUUAUUUCGAGGAACACGAGGCGCACACACGAGAUGCACUGCCUGGUCUGGCCAGUGGUGUCUUUUUUGAUAACAUUCCUGUCAUGUUUAAAGAGAAAGGAGAAGUGAUCUCAUCAUCGGAUGAUUCUUACUUCCCGUCCAAAAGCGAGUCAUACAUCCAGAUUGUGUGUGAUAUUACAACUUCUUUCACUUUUCUUGUGGCUAUCUUCUUCCCUUCAGUUACUGGCAUUAUGGCUGGUUCAAAUCGUUCUGGGGACUUGGCUGAUGCUCAAAAAUCGAUCCCAGUUGGAACCCUGGCUGCACAAAUGACUACUUCAAUUGUCUACAUUUCUGGGGUGUUUCUUUUUGGUGCAGCAUUUGACAACCUUUUCCUGAGAGACAAGUUUGGAGAGAGCAUAGGAGGUGGCUUAGGAGUAGCCCAGCUGGCCUGGCCUCAUCCACUGCUGGUGGUGUUGGGAUCACUGCUGUCUACGAUUGGAGCUGGACUGCAGUCUCUUACUGGUGCACCACGUCUGCUUCAAGCCAUUGCCAAAGAUGGUGUUAUUCCUGUACUCAAUGUCUUUGCGGUCAGCUCCUCGAGGGGCGAGCCAGUGCGAGCCUUGCUUCUCACUGCGUUCAUCUCGGAGCUGGGCAUCCUCAUUGGCAACCUUGAUCACAUUGCCCCCAUCCUCACUAUGUUCUUCCUGAUGUGUUACAUGUUUGUAAACUUGGCCUGCACUCUGCAGAGUCUUCUCAAGACACCGAAUUGGAGGCCACGUUUUAAGUACUACCACUGGUCGCUUUCCUUGACGGGAGUGAUCCUGUGCCUCGUGGUCAUGUUUUUAAGCAGUUGGUACUAUGCACUUGCUGCCAUGGCAAUUGCAGGAAUUGUGUACAAGUACAUCGAAUACCGAGGUGCCGAGAAAGAAUGGGGAGAUGGUCUACGUGGUUUGGCCCUAAGUGCUGCCCGCUACAGUCUGCUUCGCUUAGAAGAAGGACCGCCUCAUACCAAGAACUGGAGGCCCCAAGUACUUGUUCUGUGCAAACUCAACCAAGACUACAUGCCAAAAUAUCGCAAGCUUAUCACCUUUGCCUCACAACUCAAAGCUGGAAAAGGCUUGACACUCGUCUGCUCUGUCUUGGAAGGAGAGUACAGCAAAAUGUACAGUGAAUGCCAGGCGAGCAAACAGAGCCUGAAAAAAGUACUUGAAGAAGAGAGAGUCAAGGGCUUUGCAGAUGUUGUUGCUGGAGGAAACACCAUCGAUGCUAUCUGCCAUCUCAUCCAAACUGCUGGCCUUGGGGGACUGAAACACAACACUGUUAUCCUUGGCUGGCCGUAUGGAUGGAGACAGUCUCCUGAUGAGCGCUCAUGGAAGGUUUUUAUUGAAACUGUGCGAAAUGUUUCGGCAAGCAAGAAUGCCCUCCUUGUGCCAAAGAACAUCAGUCAAUUUCCAGACAAUACUGAGAAGCUUCAUGGAACCAUUGAUGUGUGGUGGAUUGUCCAUGAUGGUGGCCUGCUCAUGCUCCUGCCAUUCCUUCUGAAGCAGCACAAGGUUUGGAAGAACUGCAAGCUGAGGAUUUUCACUGUUGCCCAGCUUGAAGACAACAGUAUUCAAAUGAAGAAAGACCUGGCCAUGUUCCUCUAUCAUCUCAGAAUAGAUGCAGAUGUGGAAGUUGUGGAAAUGAAUGACAGUGACAUCUCAGCAUACACCUAUGAAAGAACACUAAUGAUGGAGCAACGCACAGAGAUGCUGAAGCAUAUGAGGCUUAGCAGGAGAGAAACCUUGAGCAUGAUUCAAACAAUUGUGGAUCAUCACCAUAAUCCUCUCCAAAACCACACCAGUUCAAAGGUGCGCUUCAGUGACAAACCACCUCAGCAAGCCGGUGACUCUGAAUUGAUGGAUGUAGUAGCUGAUGACGACAAUCGUUCAUCACGCCACUCGUCCCGUCAUUCAUCACCAACAAAGUCAGCCUCAGGUUCGCCUACAAAGCAGGUUUCUUCACCGCCAAAAGAGAGCUCACCUAUCUCUCCUGCUGAGGACGAUGGGAAAGCAAAAACUGAAAGCCCCGAGAAGAAAGCUCAGGAUGGCUCUGGAGAUGCGAGCAUUGCAUCUGCUAAUGGAGUAGCGAGCAAGGGUCCUUCUGCUGCACCAGCUGCUGCUGCCGCAUCCGAUGGCCAAAAGAAGCCAGAGUUUGACAGCCUUCUGAAGUUAAAGCCGGAUGAAGCCAAUGUACGCCGUAUGCAUACUGCAGUGAAACUGAACGAAGUGAUUGUAAACAAAUCGCAUGACUCCAAGUUAGUAAUCAUCAACCUACCUGGACCACCGAGGAUCCAGAGAGGAGAGGAGAACUACAUGGAGUUUCUGGAGGUGCUCACAGAAGGUCUCGAGCGUGUGCUCAUGGUUCGUGGUGGAGGCCGUGAAGUGAUUACCAUCUACUCAUGAGCUGACGGCACCCUCUGCGGAGUUGCACUCACUGUCAUACUGCGUUAUUUAAUAUUCUUUUCAUUUUUUAGAGCAUCUUGAUGAGUUAAGUAAAACACCCUCUUACAAUGUGGUUUUAGGACAAGAGUCAAACGUUGUGGCAAGCCUGUUGAUGUCAGAAACAUUACAACAACUUGUGACAAAUAUACUAAAAACAUACUAAAAACUUGUUUAAUGAGUAACUUUACCAACCUCUGAUUAAGGCUAUUAUAUAAAGUGAAGUACCACUCGGAAUGCAAUGCAACCAUUACACGAGCUUUCUGUCAGCAGAAGUAUGAUGGAGCAGAAUAAACUGUGUGAUGAACUGCAUAGUUUAUAAUGAAGGACAGUUUUUUUUUUCACAUUGAUAUCUGUAAUUUGUUAUUUUGGAAGGGCAUUUAUAGGCACCAAUAUUAAUUUCAAAGAGUUGCUCUUGCUGCUUCUUGACAGGUCAAGUUUAACUGCAGCCAUUGUUCUCGAAAUUAGGGGUAUAUGCUAACUGUGGUCAAUUUUUUCCACACCCACAAAAAAUAUAUCUAAAUUUGACAAAUUUAUUUUUUCUUUUGUUUUUAGCUCAUCAAAUUGAAGACAGCAGGCCUCUUUCUGAAUUUAUCUGCAAGUGCUGAAAGCUCUUUAACUUGCAUCUCUUGCCUUGUGAUAAUAUGUGUGCGUGUACAUGCAUAUGUGCCCAAAGCCAGUCACUGCAGUUUUUAGUCAAGGACCCCUGAUGUGCCACCCAAAAGUUGUGAUCAAUCAUAAGAGCUUAGCGACUUAGACAGUGAUAGUGAUGAUAUUGAUGCGACUGUUUUAUUAAUGAUAAUAUUAUUAUUGUUGUUGUCUUAGGGGUUGACCUCAUGGAAAGCGCACAGCUAGCAAAUAUCUGGGCCUUCAAAGCUCAGGGCACUGUAUGCCGACAUUUAUGGAUCUCAUUGCGGGAUUCGCAAACCAUACAGAUGCAGUACUGCCACAAAGCUCGACGUCUUGUGCACUCUCUUAGUGGUUAAAGCUGCUUAGCGUGGUAAACAGCUGCAGCGUGAUCUUUUGAAGGCAAGAUUGCUCUUUAUCUGUUUCUUUCAAGGUGUUAUAACAUGCGCACAAAGAUCUGGCAAAAUUGUUGCAUUUUCCUUCUUCUUUUUAGUGCAUCAUUGUAGCUUUACAUUGCAUAUUAUUAAGCAACAGUGCAUUUUAUUUUUAAGUAUAUCAUACUCGCGAAUGCUUGUGACUCAAUGAUGCAAAAAAGAAUGAUCAUGUGAAAAAAUGCUAGUUGCAUUCCCAAGUGCGUUUGUGAUGUUAUUUGUUUGUUUGUUCUGUUCCUCACUGCAGCACCGCAUAUUUUUUCUUGUGCUCAUUGCUUCUGCUCUGUUUCUGCGUAUUUCCUUGUCUGCAAAGCAUAAGGUCAUUUAGUAUUGCCAUUAAUAAUUAUUACAGUAAAUAUGUGCUUGACCACUGAAUUGUCCUUUAGUGUGCAAUUUUGAAUGACUGCAUACUCAUAGAGAUCAUUUGGUGGGUUCGGUGUAUUAAAUCUAGCUGUAACUGGUUUCACUAGCAUUUGCACAUGUGAACAACUCUUAAGAGUAUCACUGUGAAAUCACCGGGUGACUUGGUAUGUUUCACAAAACGAACCAGACUUACCCAUAGGUUAUAUUGCAAAAUGUGAAUAAAGCAGCAGCAUUUGAAACUGAUGCUGUAGGCCAGUCUAAUUGUACUCUGCCUUUCGUUUGCUCCUGUACACUUUUCUUGCAGUGUCCUCUUUGUGAGCCUUAUUAUCGAGGAUCUAUGGUGGCUUUUAAUACCUUUGCAUAGAUUUUGCAUGGUCUUUGCAGAAUGUAGUUGUGUAGAAGCUGGGAGAUCUUUGUGUAUAAUAUGUACCGCAAACAAACCCAUAGUACCUUGUAGCCAUAUGUACACAUGUGACAAUCCUCCCAGCAGCGUUUCUUUUGUCUGCAAGGCUUAACAAAACGACUGCACUUAGCAACAAAACGAACCAAAGACAAUGUUGUCUUAAGAUAUCGGUUAGCUUGAAGUGCUUUGGAGUGGCUCAGGGCUCUUUUUCUUUUUCCUGGCUGUUCUUUACAAUGUUGCAAUAAGUAAUGCCUGGUGACUUCAAGCCACAUGAAUGAAUGCAUCUUAGCUCUUUAGUUUGUGCUGUAUUUAUCUGUGCUGUAAGAGUAGUGUGUUUAUUUAUGCAUGCAAGAAUGGUAUGAAUUUAAACUAACAUGUUGAGAGAGUUUGCUCAUGUCUUUAUCAUUAUGCAGUAACUUGUUUGUCUGCUUGUAUACACUUUAAAUACACUAACUUGGUGUUUUAAGCAGUACCUUUUUCAGAAAUGCAUUUAUUUAGACUAACUUGCUCAUGUUAUUUUCUUGUAAAUCAAUUAUUUUUGCUUUACGAUGAGGUUUGCAGCAGUUAGGCAUCUGAGCUGUGCAUUUCAACAUUUAGAAUUGUUUCAUUGUAAUAUAAUCCUCUUUUUCUUUGUCAAGCAUAUAGGCUACACUUUAACAAUGUAAGCUUGCCGCUGGGGUAAACUUCUUUGGAAAUAUGGUCUGUUGUCUUGAUGAUGGAGCACAUUACAAGAUAGAAAUAAAUGUCUUGAAAUCGGCCUUAUAAAAAACAACUAAAAAACAGAAUGAUCAUAACGGAAUGAUGAGCUUUGCCAACUGAACAAAUGCAGUGGCACUUUCAGGAGAUGCAUAGUGAUGCCAUUGUUUGACAAAUAUAAAUCAAGGCAAACACUGAAGGUUCACUUUCCUACUUUUAAAUUUGCUAUUUGUGGCAUACUUUCUUCCUGCUUCAACAUUACCAGACUAAUACCGUGUGCUGCAGCCUGAAUUGUGUCAGCAUUCUCGUGCUGUAGCCAGGUCUGUAGCUGUCCUUGAUGCAUGUGAUGUUUGCCAGUUGGCAUGUGUUUCCUAGUCGGGUAAUAGUAGCAGUUGGUGAAGGGCUUUUAGGGGAAGCAACACCAAAGGUGGCCACAUACAGGAAAGUGGUUAAUAUGGUGGUGGGCCUGACAGCUAGUUGUAAGUAAAAAGAAAAAAAAAACUAGGAUUAAUAUGAGGCAGUGGGCCUGUUGGAUGUGUUUCCCCCUGCAUAGCUCAAUAUUGACUGUUACAAAUAUACGAAUGUUAGAAAAGCGCUGACUGUAUUUUUGUAUGUACAUACUCUUUUCCCUGACCUUCCAGAUGUGAAAACGUAAAAAUGACAUGCAUUUAUGUGACAACUUGCGUAUUUUGUGUGGACACUAGCCUAGGCAAUUGGUGUAUGAAUAUUAUCUUUAAGAGUACUUAGGUCAUGCAGCUAAAUGUUCAUUCCUGUGCAGCAUUGUCGUUCGGUGUCUCUGGUUUAUGUCUGGUUAGCUGCUAUGUUUACUAUGGACAAUUAACUUCCACUCAUGGUGUGAAGUAUAGCCAUCAGCAAGAUAUGCAAUUUGUUGAUCUUGGCCUGCGUUCAGUCAUGAGGUGCAACUGCAGUAACCCAGUGGCUUUAUCCUUCCACUUCCUUGCAGCACUUUUCAUAUGGCAUUUCACAAUCACUGUCAUUUUUCCUGGAAUUUGCCUUUAAUGUCAGUGAUGAGUAACUUGAGGUGGCUCCAAGCACUCGGCUCACAAGCAGCAAAGUAUAAAUGCCUAUAACACUGGCAUGUGUGAGCAUAGCUCUCAGUUUAAUUGGAAUUCUUACUUUGUGCAGAAAAGCAUAGCCCAAGUCAUCACUUGUAUUUUCUCACUUGCCUGGUUUCUGUCAAGCUACCUUGCUCUUGGCCUGUUCGAAGACCGUUCUGUAAGCUUUUAUAUGUACAGAUGUCUGUGUAAUGCUACUCUGUCACAGAUUUGUACAACUGUAGAUUGCACAAGCUGUUUUCAUUUCUAGCUUCUUUAAACAUAUAAAGUGCAGUGUGUCUAAACUCAUAACUUAACAUACACACCUACACACAUAUACACACACACACAUACUCUCUGUAAGAUGGCAUAUUUAUUCCUUUUGAUGUGAUACUGA